AUGAAUGCGGACCAAGUUGCUGCACUCGCUCGUGCUGUCGCGGAAACAACCUGGCAAGGUACGCUUCAGUAUAUAGUUGCCAGUACCGCGUUGAGGCAAGAGCCUCUGAGCAAACCGCAACUUCAGUGGACAUCAAGUUUGCGGAGGGCGCUGCAUUUGGCCAAAACAGCAAAUUAUGGUGCCCCGACCAGCAACCAGGAGUCUGCAGUGCUGAAAGCACCUGCUGAGGCUGCGACUGUGGUACAAAGCGACGCAGCAGUCGCCGGUCAAACUACAGUCCUUGCAGCGUUUACAGGGGCCGCAUGGUACCUCCAAGGUGCACCCGCACCCAAAAUAAGUCUAGAGUGGAAUGAUGAGGUCUCCGCGGACGACCUAUUGGACCCGUGGGGGCUCGUGCUUCCCAUGUGCUGCUGGACGUUACCGGAGCAGUCAACGUCAAUAGCAGCGACAGCGCUCGCGUUCGAAACUAACACGCACCCAGGGAUAUCUUCACAGAGUAUCGAGCCAGCAUGGAAUACUGCCGAUACACUGGAUAUGUUUCCAGCAGUCUGGGAUCCGCAGUACUACGUGCGUGGUCGCGGUGACGGCAUCAGGCGUUUCGCGAGACCAAAGCAACUGCAACCUCCAGAGCAAAUGCGGCCGGUUGUGUCUUUAUCCGGGCAAGUAGAUGACCAGCUGCCGAGCAGGCCGGACGCUUCAGACGAACGCAACGAUUCGGACUGGUGGAACGUAUGUGUAGAGCGUAUCCAGAAGUGGAAUCCGCCUCUCUGGAUGCCAGCAACACAGCCACCUAGCCAGCUCAAUUGGGUACCUCGGAGACAGACCAAGCAGAACCUUCUUGAUCGAAUACAUCUUGAUGAAGCAUACCUGCAGUCUUUGGAGCAGCGACGAGCACGCGAGUCGAUCAGUAACCCCAAUGGAGGAAGUGCCCUUGCCUACAUCGCCGGCGAUGCGGAUGAACUCGGUGGACUCGCCUUCACAGGUCGAGUCAUGGAGAGAAGCCGGCAACCCGGAUUUUCCUGGGCACAAGCCUUCGAACCUGAGCAAGGCGAUGAGAUCCUUUUCGGUAUUCGACUCGAGCAACUAGAGGAAGAACCUGAGGAAUCGACGGCUGCUAGAACGCCUCGGAUUGCUACGGCAAGGACGCUGGAAACUGCAACUGAUCCACCGCGUGCGGUUCCUUCUCUGCCCGCGCUUGAUCGACUGGAUGCACGUCUGGCCUCAGUCGAGCGCUCACUGGAAGAGCUUCUCCGACCCGAACAACAGCAAAGCGACCUCGGCAUUGGUGCAUCAACUAAUAUGCCAAAUGUAUCAGCAGUAGCAGCAGCAGGAGGAGGAGGAAAGCCAGCCCGGCGCUCUGUCUAUGCGCUGGUCGACGAGUCGGAUCCAGUGGACUUUGCGCAACGCGUCCCAAAGCCAGCACUCGAGUUUCCCUUUGAACUAGAUCGCUUCCAGAAGCAGGCCAUUCUGCACAUUGAGCGCGGAGAGAGCGUCUUUGUCGCAGCUCACACCUCUGCAGGGAAGACAGUGGUUGCUGAAUACGCGAUUGCGCUGGCUCGCGCUCAUGCAACCAAGGCAAUUUACACGAGUCCCAUCAAGACGCUCAGCAAUCAAAAGUUUCGGGAUUUUAGUGAUCGUUUUGGUUCGGAGUCAAUUGGUUUGAUCACGGGCGAUGUCUGCAUCCAGCCAACGGCUCCCUGUCUAAUCAUGACAACAGAGAUUCUGCGCUCGAUGCUCUACCGGGGUGCCGACCUCAUUCGGGACGUCGAGUGGGUCAUCUUCGAUGAAGUCCACUACGUGAACGAUGAAGAGCGUGGUGUCGUCUGGGAGGAGGUCAUCAUUCUGCUGCCGGAACACGUCAACAUCAUCAUGCUUUCGGCAACGGUGCCGAACGCGCAAGAAUUUGCCGACUGGGUUGGACGCUGCAAACAGAGACCUGUGUAUGUCAUCACGACGAGCCACCGACCAGUGCCGCUUCAGCAUUAUAUCUACGCGAAGAACGAUCUCAUUCUCGUGAAAAAUGCACGAGGGGAUUUUCUCUCACAGGGCUACAAGGCCGCUCAGGAUGUGGAGCGGGAACUCGUCGCCAAGCGCGGAGCGAAAGCGCACCUGGCACCUGCUGGGAUACUAGGACGCCCAGCCUGGGGUACAUUGGUGCAGUUCCUGCGCAAACGAGAGCUUCUACCGGCAGUAGUUUUCUGUUUCUCUCGCAAGAGAUGUGAAGAGGCAGCGGACAGCCUUGGUACAUUGAAUCUACACCAGCAGAACCCGGGCGAAGCGCAUCGGAUCCACGUUGUGGUCGAGUCGGCACUCUCGCGCUUGCAAGCGGCGGAUCGGCGUGUUCCACAGAUUCAAAGAGUUCGUGACCUCCUGCACCGAGGCAUCGGCAUCCACCAUGCCGGACUGCUGCCCAUCGUGAAAGAGAUGACGGAAAUUUUAUUUCAACGGGGCCUCGUGCGGGUCCUCUUCGCCACCGAGACGUUCGCCAUGGGUGUGAAUAUGCCCGCACGCACCGUCGUCUUCAGCGGCAUUCGCAAACACGAUGGAAGGCAGUAUCGACUGCUGAGUCCUGGUGAAUAUACCCAGAUGAGCGGGCGAGCCGGUCGCCGGGGCCUCGACGCCUAUGGCAUCGUGAUCCUCUUCUUCUCCGUAGGCGAACUCCCGACUGAGCUAGACCUGAAACGCACUAUGACAGGAGUGCCACCCCGGCUUUCAAGCCAGUUCCGCCUCUCCUACAACAUGAUACUGAACUUGAUUCGAACGGAGCGCGUGCAGGUCGAAGAGGUGAUCCGCAGGAGCUUCACUGAAGCGGAGUCGUUUGGCGCGGAACGCCGCAUCCAGCGCCUGCUGGUGCACGGACGCGCGAACCUCGCACGCAUAGAUUCGGAACUAGCGACAUUUGGGGAUCAAUUUUCACAAUACUAUACCUAUGUCAAUCAAGUUGUACAGCGUGCCAGCGCUGUUCAUGAGCAGCUAUUCUCCGUGGGUCCGCAUGGCUACGCCAGCAUCACUGCGGUCCCUGGUCGAAUGCUGUUGCUGCGUCGUACCGAUGGUGGCAUUGCUUUGGGGAUCGUUGUCGGUGCAGCAGCGGAGAAGCGGUAUCGGGCAUCCGCGCAACAUCUACUGGAGGAAAUCCGGCGAUUGGUGGUGCCAGUUCUGGUACUCCUGGGUGGCCCGGCGCUUCGCGACACCGUGUUUGCGCUAUCCGAGGAGCCGUCUGCCCAGGUCGGAAAUGCCGCUAACGACGCGGGUGCACGCUCGACGAGCGUGUUCACCGAGCCUGUGCGGCUUGCAUAUCAGCAGCGGUUGCACGGUCUGGAGUUUUGCAUCGGAGAUGCGGUCCCGAGCGAGAUUCUCACAGUCUAUCAUCAGGUGCUGUCCAUUCCGAACGAGAAAAAUCUUGAGCGUUCGCUCUUCCCGCUGCGCGGUCGUCCAAACUUGGAGCUCGUGGCCACGCUGCUCGAGUCUUUGCGUUCCGUAGCGGAACGGUUCGGCGCAGCUGAUGCAACAUCGGAGUUUUUGGUGGGUAUGCAUCCACGGGAGCAUUGCGGUAUUCCAGAUUUGGAGCUCGAAGCAAAAUGGAUUGAAAAAGAGCGUCUCCUUCGUGACCAUAUUCUGAACUCUGCGUGCUUGUGGGACGCCUAUAAUCGCAGCGUUCUUGCUACCGCGUUUGAACUUGCGGAACGGCGCCACCGUCUUGAGCAGAAGCUCGAGUAUCUGCAGUAUGCGAGCAGCUAUCGCUCUCUGCAACUCCUACCGGACUAUAUGCAGCGUUUGGCCGUUCUCGAGCGACUUGGAUACAUAGAGCGCAGCGGUUCUGGAAACAACUUGGACUACGACCCGGUGACGUUCUCGGAUGCCGAGCGGCCGCCGUCCAACGGGCUCAUGGUGACGCUCAAAGGGCGAGCCGCCUGCGAUGUGGGCACCUGUGAUUCUUUGCUUUUGGUGGAAUCCAUGUUUGAGGGGAUCUUCAGUGACCUUGAACCCUGCAGUAUUGCAGCACUAGCCUCCUGUCUGGUAUUCCAGGAGAAACUAGAUCCCAGCGAGUACAUCUUGCCAGAUCAGGCCGCCCGUUCCGAGUUAGAUGGCCUGCAGCUGGAUGCAACGGCGAUGGAGACGCUGGCUGCCUCCCUGAACAAACUCAAGCGCGUUGCGUUAGCUCUCGGAACCGUCCAAGCAGAGUGCGGUCUUCCGGUGUCACCCAGCGAGUAUCAGAGCAUGACGGUGAACCCGGGUCUCUUGAUUCCCGCGCUGCUUUGGGCUCAGGGCGCUCCAUUUAAAGAUAUUUGCGUAUGGACGCCGGUGCAAGAGGGAAGCAUUGUUCGCACGAUUGUGCGCUUGAGUGAGCUCCUUCGAGAGACCGCCGAUGUUGCUCGCGUUAUUGGUGACAGUCGGCUUCUGUCCAAGGUUGACACCGCCUCGCGCUCGAUCAAGCGAGACAUCAUUUUCGCUGCCUCGUUGUACGUUGCGUGA